CCGCGCCAUCCCCCUGGGCCGCCGGUCCUCCCGCUCCGUCAUGAACCUCGGGGAGCUCGUGUCCGCCCUCAACGCCUUCGCGUCGCCCUCUCUGGCUGAAAGCUGGGACAACGUGGGGCUGCUGGUGGAGCCGAGCCCUCCCCAUGUUGUCAACACCCUUUUCCUCACGAACGACCUCACGGAGGAGGUGAUGGAGGAGGCCGUGCAGAGGAAGGCAGAGCUCAUCCUCUCCUACCACCCUCCCAUAUUCACGCCGCUCAAGCGGGUAACGUGGGGGACCUGGAAGGAACGGCUGGUGGUGCGCGCUCUGGAGCACCGCAUCGGGAUUUACUCCCCGCACACCGCAUACGACGCCAUACCUCACGGGGUCAACGACUGGCUGGCAAAGGGACUUGGUGCCUGUACCUCUGUCCCACUACAUCCCUCAACUGCUCCACACUAUCCAACGGAGGGCCCUCACCGGGUAGAACUCUGCGCAGACAGCACGGAGCUAGAGACGCUGCUGUCCAAAAUCAAAGACAUUCAAGACAUCUCCUCCAUCACUACUCUCCCUGUCAGGGUAGAAGGUGAAGAACAAACACGAGUGAGUCUAAACUGCUCUCAGAAAGCACUGUUGGAGGUGGUGGCACUAUUGUCCAAGAACAGCUCUCUCUAUCACAGGACUGAGAUUCUGUUACUACAAAAGCCACUUCUUCCACAUACUGGAAUGGGACGUCUCUGCACACUGAGUGAGCCAGUCUCCUUGUUAACCAUGAUCGAGCGCAUUAAAAGCCACCUAAAAUUACCCCACAUCCGCCUAGCCGUGGGAAAGGGCAAAACACUAGAAUCACCGGUGAAGAAAGUUGCUCUGUGUGCUGGUUCUGGAAGCAGUGUCCUGAAGGGAGUGAAAGCUGAUCUCUAUCUCACAGGAGAGAUGUCCCACCAUGCCGUUCUGGAUGCUGUUGCCGACGGGAGCAGCGUUGUUCUGUGUGAGCACAGUAACACUGAGCGAGGCUUCUUGUCAGAGCUGCGUGACACACUAGCUACCCAUCUACAGAACAAGAUCAACAUAAUCGUGUCAGAAAAAGACAGAGAUCCCCUCCAAGUGGCAUAGA